UGCAGGGCGGGGCGUGGGGCGGAGCCGGCCGGGUCGACUGGAGGCUUGGGAAGAGCCGGGCAGGAGCAGAGCGCCGCAGCCAAAAGACGGAGUCGCGCCGGGCUUUGAAAGAGAAGUCCGAGAGGCGCCGUCCGCAGACCCGCUCCUGGAACCGCGAACACCCCAAAGCCCUAAUAAUGACCACCACUCUAGUGUUGACCCAGCAUGUCUUGAGAGAGGACCGGGGGACGGAGGGUAAUUAUCUCCUGUAUGGAUCCACUGCUUCUGAGAUUACUGAAGAAACUGAAUACAUAAAACAGAUCAGAUCCACUCUAGCUAAAGUUCAGCCCCUGCUGUGUAAAAACCGCGGACUUGCAAAUGGCAUUCUAGAUUCAAAGCCACAUUUCCAAGAAUCUCCAUUGGAAUCUGACCAAGAGGCCUUGGUUUCCAGCUACACGAAGACACUGGAGAAGGUGGAGGAAAUGGAACAAGAACUGUCACGGGUGAACAAAGAAAACGAAUGGCUGCAGAUCAAGCUCGAGGCUUCGAGAGCUGCUGGAUUAGAGUCUGUCAAAAGUGCUUCGUGCGUACUCCAGGAAGAAUACAAUCGGCGCUGCGGCAAUCUUAGGAAAAGGCAUGAAGGAGUUAUACAGAUCAUAAAGGCACGUAAGUCUGAGCAAGAAGAGACGUUAGAGCAAAGCACGGAGAACCUCAGUCGAAUGAAUGUGGCACUUAAAGAAAAGUACAACCAGACUGAGGAGCUGGAGAAGCGAGUCCAGAGGAUGGAAGAGGAAAAGAAGACAUUGAAAGAAAAGCAACGGUUAUUAAAAGGGAAGCUGCAACAGAUGAUGUCGAAAGCAGAAGACACUAACAGCUGUGUCAAAGUCCAGACAGAGAUCUCUACUCUCCAGGAGCAAAUAAGUCAUCUGGAACACCUGAUCCAUUCUCAGCAUCAAAACUUACAUGCUUUGAUUCAUCAGAUUGAAGACUUGAAUAAUGAGCUAAGACUUCAGGAUGAACGAAUAGAAUCCCUAAAAGAGAAGAUUGGGAUGUUGCAGGCAAAGAAUGAAGAACUGAAGUACAGAGUGCAAUUCUGGUCCGCCCAAUCCAAAUCAAGAGUUUCCAAAGCUGUUUCAGCGAAGCUUGACGGGAUCUCUCCGUACAGCAUGGUGACCAGGCUGCGCAAGUGAGACGUCCCUGUGAUCCAGCCCUACGAUCCCAUGUUACUUUCACUUCCUGUGGAGGAUUCCUCUCCUGUGCAAUCUCAUUUUGAACCAUUCCGCAUAGGAGCAGCUCUUCCCCCACAACAUGCUGGUUCAUGCCUGUGGCAGGACAAGUGGUAACCCGGAAUCACCUUCCAAUGGAAGAAACAGAGUCUGAUAUGAAGGAGGACUUGGAAGAUGGCUCCAAAGUGGUGGUGGUGGAGGAGGAGGAGGAGGAAGUGACUUCAUUUUUAUUUAUUUAUUUAAAGACACGUGUCUAUAGCAGUGUGGCUCUCUCUACCAGUGAUGGAAAUGUACUGCAUUUAAGACUGAUUCAGCUGUACGCGGCAGCCAGGAACUUUUUUGUGCUGUAUGCAGUAAUAUCCGUCCAGCUGUACCGACCAACACAUGAAGGAUUAAAGAAACUGAAUAGGAGCCCAGAA